AUGUCUCGCUACCGGCCCGACCCUCGUUACUCCGAAAGCAGCCUUCCCUACCGCGAUCCCCCACCUCAGCGCUGGGACACUGACCGUUUCGUCCGAGAACGAGAGAUUCGAGCCCCUCCCGUCAUUGAUCAGCGCCCGCCUGUUGCUGAUUAUCCGCCCCGAAAUAGUCCAGUAUAUGAAGACCGGCGGUACUACGAGGAAGACCGGAUCGGCCCGCGAGGAACAACGGAGCGCAAAUAUUUCGACGAGACUGAGUAUUAUGAUCCAAGAGCCCAGCGGAGUCAGUUGGUCCGCUAUGCGCCCGAGCGUCCUGCUAGGCCGGAGGCACCACCACGGCCAGGUCUGCUUCGCCGUCAAUCGAGUUUGGACACAUUCGACCGCCAACCUGCCCGCCGUUACCGUGACUACGAUGAUGGUUAUAGGCCCCAGAGGACUGUCCCUUCAAGAGAGCUGAUCCCUGUCCGGGCGCCGUCGCCCAAACGUUAUCCCAGAUACGAUGAGCGAUACUAUGACGACGUGCGUGUUCAGGACCCCGAUCUCUAUGGGGAUGAUGGCUUCAGAGAGUAUCGUGAACGCGAGUGGGUGUCGCGGAGGAGACGGAACAGCAGCCCGUCCCCUGAGCGUCGAACGGUAAGAGAAGAAUUCUUCGAGGAAGUCAAAGAGGAGACCAAGGAAGUGAAGCCGUACCCUCGCCGCGGCAAGACCCGUAUGCCAAAAAGACUUGUGCAUACCAAGGUUCUGUACGAUCUAGGCUAUCCCUACUAUGAAGAGGACGAGCGUACCAUUGUCAUUGAGAAGGCCCUCGGGCCGGACAACAUUGAUGAGGUCUUUGCCCGAAGCAAGGAGUAUCGUGAGCGUGACGUUAAUACGACGCGUCUCAUCGAUGCACCGCCCACAAGGACACGCGGCUCUGGGGCUCAGGGUGAUGUGGUGAUCGAAAAGUCUGAAAAGUUCGAGCAAAUCAAGACUGUGCCGCUGACCGAGGCCCCUCGCUCGGUCCGGGAGUGGGAUGGACUUUCAGUGCGUUCCCCGUCUCCAAGAUCACAUCGUUCUCAUUCCCGGCGACGAUCGCGACGCCGAUCUUCACCUGGGCUUGUCAAAGAGACCAUCAUGGAGAAGAAGGAAGUGGUCAGAGAGGUGUCUCCAGCUCGAACGCAACGAUCGACUACGACUCGCCGGAGGGGCUCAUCUGUCAGCGAUGAAACCUUGAUAGAGCGAAAGAUUACACGCGAAGCAGACUUCGAGGACUCCAACUCCGUCCACGUUGGCCCGCUGGCAUUGGUGGUCGACAGGAAGCCACCUCGCAGCGAUCGCGACAUUAAAGAACAAAUCCGCAUCCUUGAGGCUGAGAGGAAAGCGUUGAGACGAGAAAGGAAGUACGAGCGCGAAGGGGGCACAGAGAUUGUGAAGAUCGAGCGUGUUCGGGAGAGGUCUCCCUCCCCUCGUGGCGAAGUCAUCAUUGAACGACGUGGUGAUGAAAUUCUUGAAGUCAAGAAGGACCGGAGAGGUAGGAUGUCGUUGAUCGCCAAAUGA